AUGAAAGCAUUCUGUAAAGGCUUCACGCACAUAGGAUACAAGUACUCUCUUAAGAAUUUAGCCAGGUCAGUCCAUUUCACAGGGUUGGCGAAUCUAAGAACUGCUUUUGAUGGUGACGGUCACGGUCACAGUCAUGAUCGUGUUCUUCCUCAUGGUGAUGGGCUAGCAAAUGGUGAAUAUUGGCAAAGUAGAAGAGUUGGAGUCAUAAGCAAUGGAGGUAAUUUCCAAACAAUCACAGUGGACCAGUCAGGUCAUGGAAAUUUCAACACCAUACAAUCUGCCAUUGAUUCAGUCCCUUCAAACAAUAAGUAUUGGAUUUAUAUCAUAAUCAAGGCUGGAGUUUACAGGGAGAAGAUAACUAUUCCUUCAAAUAAGUCAUUCAUAAUUCUCAAAGGAGAAGGAAGACGUGAAACGCAGGUCGUUUGGAAUGACCAUCAAACAAUUGCACAGAGUCCAGCUUUCUCUUGUUCAGCUAGUUUUGUUGUUGUCCAUUCCAUGAGCUUUACAAACUCAUACAACCACCCCGCCGCCGCCGCCAACCAGAACCCGAGAGCUCCGGCAGUGGCGGCCCUUGUCUCCGGGGACAAGAUCAAGUUCUAUAAUUGUGGGUUCUAUGGGUUGCAAGACACCUUGUGGGAUGAUAGUGGUAGACAUUACUAUGAGAAUUGCCUCAUUGAGGGUGCAGUGGACUUUAUUUUUGGUAGUGGCCAAUCUAUUUUUGAGCAAUGUACAAUUUCAGUGAUAGGAGGAUCACUUGAGGCAGGUUAUGUAGGGUUCAUCACAGCACAAGGAAGAACAAAGAAUAAUGAUGGGAGUGGAUUUGUGUUCAAGAAUUGCCAUGUUGAUGGAACUGGUUCUGUCUUCUUAGGCAGACCAUGGAGACCCUAUUCAAGAGUACUCUUUUACAACUCAUAUUUAUCAAAGGUCAUUGUCCCUCAGGGCUGGAAUGCUUGGAAUUCUGUUGGCUAUGAGGGCCAACUGACUUUUGCCGAAGAAAGUUGUUCUGGACCGGGAUCUGAUCUUUCCCGACGAGUAACAUGGGAGAAGAAAUUAAGCAAGGACACUUUGAACCAGUUGACAAGCUUGAAUUUCAUUGAUAGUGAACACUGGCUUGCACAAAUGCCACUUUAA